UUUCCUGUUACGUUUCUCACCAGCCUACUUCACCCAGAACAAGAGCAGAGGGAGGAACUAAUGUGUCGUGUUUGGCUGCAGUGUUCAAUAAAGCACACACAAACAUUGUUUUUCUCAUCAGGUAGACAUGAACAACAGUGUGGAUUAUAGACCUGAGCCAAAUCAGGCUUAUGCUGUGGUGUUUGGAUCUGUUAUGGUGCUGGGUUUGCCUCUCAAUGCUGUGUCACUGUGGAUUCUGCUUCGCCGCCACAGCCUCAAAUCCCCCAAUGCCAUCUUCAUGGUCAACCUGGCGAUCUCAGACCUGCUGCUGGUCAUCUCCUUGCCCAUGAGGGUCUAUUUAUACGCCACAGGAACCUGGCCUCUGAGCUCAAAGGCAUGCACAUGUAUCACGAUGCUCUUUCGCAACAACAUCCGCUCGAGCUCCAUCUUCAUCACCCUCAUCAGCGUGGAUCGGCUGCUGGCUGUGGUUUAUCCUCUGAGGUCACGCCAUCUGCGAACUGCUUCCAACACCUGGAAAUCUGUUGCACUUGUUUGGCUGUUUGUGCUCAUGGUGAACAUACCAGAGGGACUGGCCUAUGCAAGAAAAUUAAACAACUCCAGUGAAUCUACCUGUUUUGAAUUUCGUAGACAGCAGCAGUGGCCUCGAUACUUUCAGCUUGUGCUAGUGGUCACCCUGCUGACAGUCAACCUUGUGUCCACUGCUUUGGUGUCUUGCAGUCUACAAAGACAUCUCAAUGACUCUGCAAAGGUCAACAACAAGGUGAAUGUCAUGCUGAUUUUUGCCAUGAACUUGGUGAUGUUCACCAUAUGUUUCUUGCCUGUGUCGGUUGGUGUGCUUACAAUUAAGAGACAUGAGAUUACGCCUUUGGUAUGUCUUGCUUCUGUGAACUGCUGUCUGGAUCCACUGUUGUACUACUUUUCUUUGGAUGCCUUCUGGAAGAAAAAAGAGGAUGUGGAUCUUGCAAGAGAACAGUAGACAAGGGACAAUCUAUUUUCAUGAGAUGGCAUAAAUUUCCCAAUGGAUCCAUAUCAAUCUUAUGAAUCUUUAUAUGAAUUGUUUGACAUUUUGGGAAAUAUGCUUGCUUUCUUAGUGGGAGUUAGAUGAGAAGAUUGAUAACAUGCUCAUGUCUGUAGGAUAAAUCUAUAGUUGGAGCAAGCAGCUGCUUAGCUUAGCUUAGCACAAAGACUGAAAGUAGGGGGAAACAGCUAGUCUGGUUCUGUCCAAAGGUAACAAAAUUUGUGUACCAGUACUUCUAAAGUUCACUAAUUAACUAUUCCCAUAACAUGAUGACUUGUGCCUAGAACU